AUGGCCGACACCGCCGAGCUCAACGAGCGCUUCGGCACCGGCAGCGGCAAGCCCCUCGAGCCCGACGUCGUCCACCUCCUGCAAUCCCUCAUGCGCACCCACAAUCUCUCCGCCCAGGACCUCUUCUUCAAAUGGGAAUCCUACGGCAUGAAGAUGGGUCUGGACGAUUUCCAGGUCUCGAUCGAGACGCUCACGGCCUUUUCGCGCAGCCUGCUGGACGAGCUGGAAAGGUCGAAUCGGGCGCAGGGGGCUGCUGCACAGGGGAGUAGGGCGGAUAAAAGGGUGGGGGCUACGCCGCGGGGGGUGAGGGGGGGUGCGACUACAGGUGGUGGUGGCGGUGGUGAUGUGUUUGGGAUGUUGGAUGGGUUGACGACGCCUGGCGCGGGGAGGACGAAAGCGGGUGCUGCAGGGGGGUCAGCGUCGACGAGGAAAACGCCUGCGGUAACGCGGGCCAAGGCGGGCCAGGUUGCGAGUAGCUCACCGUUGAAGGUGGAGGAGCAAUUGAAUGCGAUGGGUGCGGUACCACCAUCAUCAUUUGCCGAACGCCCCAACGCCGGCGAGGUGCUGGGGACACUCAACGAACAACUCGACGCUGCCGAGCCGCCCAUUGCGCCGUUCCCCGAACCCCGCGUCAAGCUGACAGCGACGUCAGACCAAAAGAAGCUCGGCUACAAAGACCUGGCCAUGAAGCUGAACGAGGCAUCCGAGAUUCUCGAUGACCGGAUAGAGGACUUUGUGGAAUUGGUCAUGCAGCACCACGGCCUGGAGGAUUCUGCCCUCGGAAACCCAGCCAGUCAAAGUACAUCCGAGAUCGUGGCCAUCGGGCGGAUCGCGUCCGACUCGGCCGAGGGCAAGCUCAACGCGGCCUCGCUCGUGCUCGAAACCUCGCGGCGCAUGGGCAAUGGCCGGCGCGUGCACCUCAACCUGAACAAACUUAAAAGUUACCACUUUUUCCCGGGCCAAAUCGUCGCCCUCAAGGGCACAAACACCUCCGGCCGCGAAUUCACCGUCCACGAAGUUCUCGACAUCCCGCUCCUCAACAUAGCCGCCUCCUCCCCCGACCUCCUCGCAGCCCACACCGCCCGACUACGCGGAUCCGGGCCCGACGCCAUGGACACAGAUUCCGACACCCCUCUCCCCCUAACCGUCCUCUUCGCCUCCGGCCCCUACACCGCCGACGACAACCUCGACUUCGAGCCCCUCCACACCCUCUGCCGCGACGCAGCCGACAACUUCACCGAUGUCCUCGUCCUCACCGGCCCCUUCAUCGACCUCGAACACCCGCUCAUCGCCACCGGCGACUUCGACCUGCCCCCCGCAGCCCUGGCCGCAGGCGUCGACCCAGACCAAGCUAACCUUUCCACCUUGUUCAAAUAUCUCAUCUCCCCCGCCCUCAACCGUCUCGUUGCUGCCAACCCGUCCGUUUCGGUUCUUCUUGUUCCGUCGCUUCGCGAUGCGCUGGAUAAACAUGUCGCUUGGCCGCAGGACGCUUUCAUCCGCCGCGAGUCGGGGUUGCAUAAAGCGGUGCGGAUUGUGGGUAACCCGAUGACGCUGAGUAUCAAUGAGAUGGUGCUGGGGGUCAGUAGUCAGGAUAUAUUAUUCGAACUGCGGCAGGAGGAAUUGGUAGGCGCUCGGCCUGGGACCACACCGACAGUAGACCCAUUUUCGAGGGUGAGCCAGUACCUAGUGGAACAGCGGCAUUUUUUCCCGUUGUUUCCUUCGGCCGACCGGAAGAGGUUGCCCAAGACGGGGGCUACGGAGGGGCCUGGCGGGGGGUUGCCGCCGGGCGCGGCGCUGGAUGUGAGUUAUUUGAAGUUGGGGGAGAUGGUUAGUUUUCGGCCGGAUGUGUUGGUUUUGCCGAGUGCGUUGCCGCCGUUUGUUAACGUCGUGAGCUCGGUUGUCGUCAUCAACCCCGGCUUCCUGUCGAAGCGGAAAGCUGCCGGCACGUUUGCCAAGAUGACGCUGUACCCGCCGUCGCAGGCCAGUCUGGCGGCGGGUGCGGGAGGACCGGUGCCGCAUAAGAUUUAUGAGCGGGCGAGGGUUGAGAUUACGAGGAUUUGA